AUGUCGGCUACAGGAACCGAGCCGCCCGCGCUGGAUUCCUGUCCGCAGGGAGAGGAUUUGGUCGCUUUCGCACUAAAUCCUCGGGUCGUUAGGUUACGCCUGGGUCCUCGUGAUGCCAGCCUCGGUUCCAUCCACGUACCCUGCGAGUUGCUAAAGUCGGCCUUAUACUACGAAGGCGCUCCCACAAGUCCCUUCCUGAGUCCAGGCAAACCCGAAUCAGACAUCUGGCUCAAAGGGCCGUUUUGUCUCGACGUGCUUGGUCUGCUUGUGCAGUGGCUACACACUGGCAAGUACAAUGAACUACGUGGCCCUGCCAGUCGGUUACGUUGCACAGGCGACGCUAUAGACCUGAAGAUAAGACCUGAUCUUGACCAGAAAGACACCAUGGAUUGGGCAGUAAAGGCUGCGACACUAGCCUGGCUGUUAGGUGACGAGCUGUGUGUGGACGGAUUCCAGAGCUAUGCUAUAGAACGCCUCUUUGCCGCUCUUGCACGCAAGUCACAGCACCCACAACUCACGCCAGACUUGUGCGAGUUCGCUUGGGGUCAUACAAGCGAAUUCGCAUGUCUAGAUUGGCUACUGAUGGACUUGGUGGUUCGCAACUGGGGUGAUGGGGCUAUUGUUGAUCAAGCAGAUCUGCCCCACUGGUUUUCUGUCAUAUGCAACGAGGUUUACUUCCAGGACAAGUUCAUGGAGGGGACUCUCAUAUCACUUGAAAAACGUCGUGAGAAGGUCUUGGUGCUGAAGGACUAUCUCUGA